CCCACCCUCUCUUCCGGAUAAGGCCAUAUCAGCACGUUUUAUUUAUCGUUCACUGUAUUUGUGUGCUUUUAUCUUGUGCUAAUGAUGAGCUACAUUUUAUAACAAGUCAUUAAUAACACAUAUGGUAGUCAGGUUCAUGUACCUCGUAAGCACUGUUAGUGGUUGACCUUAACAGCAGCAUCCAGUCAUGGAGGAGGUGGAGACACCAGAGGAGCUCCUGGCAAAGCAGCACCGCAAGGAGAAGAAGGAUCUGCAGGCUAAAGUCCAGGGCAUGAAAAAUGCAGUCCCCAAAAAUGACAAGAAGAGGAGGAAACAGCUGACAGAGGAGAUCUCCAAACUUGAGGCUGACCUGAGUCAGAAACAUGAGGAGGAAUUCAGGCAGCUCAAAGCAACAGCUGACACAAAGAAGGUGGAAGAGGUCAUAAAUGGAGUGGAGACUGUAAAGGUGGAAGAUGGAGAACAAGAGGAGGCAAAACAGCCGCGAGUAACCAAAGCCCAGAAGAGAAGGGACAAAAAGGCUGCACAGGAGAAGGAGAGGGAGAUCAGGAUAGCAGAGGCUGAGGUGCAGAACCUGCAGGGUGUGAGACAUCAGGAGGGUUUAAAGCUGGUCCAAAAACUCGCCCAGCAAAAGCUUCAGAUCAAGGAGAUCUCCUCUGAUGGCCACUGCAUGUACCGUGCUAUUGAAGAUCAGCUGACACGGCGAUCAAAGCUCCAAUUCCCCACAAGUGUGAAGGAACUGCGAUCCCGCACUGCCGAGCACAUGAGAGGCCAUCCUGACGACUUCCUGCCUUUCCUCACCAACCCAAGCACAGGUGACAUGUACACAACAGAUGAGUUUGAGAAAUACUGCAGUGAUGUGGAGCACACAUCAGCUUGGGGUGGACAACUGGAACUUCGAGCUUUGACGCAAGUUCUUCAUUUGCCGAUCGAGGUGAUCCAGGCGGACUCUCCUACCAUAAAAAUUGGGGAGGAAUAUGACGGCGAACCCAUCACACUUGUCUAUAUGCGGCAUGCUUAUGGUCUAGGAGAGCACUACAAUUCUGUGGAACAGCUAAAGGACCCAGUCAAUGCUGAGGACAGCUGAGAGAGAGUUAACAUAAGGCUGUUGGCGUAAUGCAGAGAGUGUUCAAACUUCUAACACAAAGCACCCUAAAAUAUGACAUAUUUGAAGGGAGACCCCUGGUCAAGCGAGACAUUGCUGAGCUCAACAGAGAAUGCUUCUGUUUUCACAUCGGUUAAAUGUCUGUGUUGAAGUCAGAUACGGAGAGUGAAACCUAAAUGAAUACAUAACUUCUAAUGUAUAAACGAUAACAUUGUGUUAAUCAUGAUAAUGAUAAUAAAAAAACACAAUUGAACAGAAUGUGUGAAAAGAUUUUACAUGGGUCACCCCUGGCUAAUCCUAAUGAUUACAGGGUUACCUUUUAGCUCAUUUUCAGAGGCAUCGCUGAAUCUUUUUUUUUUUAAAGAAAAAAAAUACAGUUCCACUCAUGCAGUUGAGGAUUCAGGAGCUGCUUAUCAUGUGUGACUACCAACCAAAUGUGGACAACGAGUGGUUGUUUUCAGUGUUGUUUGGCUGAAAUGAGCUGUUAAACGUGUAAAUGAUACCAAGUUACAUAAAUGCAUACAAUACCAUGA